AUGCAAGCCGCUUCGUCGUGUGAUCUCAAGUUCCGAUCAACAAAUCCGACGGCUAAGACCGCGCGUUUCUCCCACUCUCUUCCGAAGCGCGUGUCUGUUCAGUGCGGUUACAGGUCUGAGUCGUUUAGCUUCCCCAACGGCGUCUCCGUGAGCCGAGCCGAUUGGCAAAGCUCAUGCGCCAUUUUAUCCAGCAAAGUCGAUUCUCUUGAAGAUCCCGGCGGUUUGGCCAGCAAAAUCGCCGUCGUUAACGGUCACUCAAACGGAUCCGUUAAUCUCGGUCUCGUUCCCGUCGAGAAGACCAGCGGAAAAUUGGCGCCAGUUCAGCCUUUGACGAUUACAGAUCUAUCCCCGGCGCCGUUGCACGGAUCUAGCCUCCGUGUAGCUUAUCAAGGAGUUCCCGGUGCGUACUCUGAGGCAGCCGCCGGAAAAGCGUAUCCAAAUUGUGAAGCCAUUCCGUGUGACCAAUUCGACGUCGCUUUUCAGGCGGUGGAGCUAUGGAUCGCCGAUCGAGCCGUUCUUCCCGUGGAGAACUCACUCGGCGGUUCGAUUCACCGGAAUUACGAUCUCCUCCUCCGUCACCGUCUCCACAUCGUCGGCGAAGUUCAGAUUCCGGUACACCAUUGCCUCCUCGCGCUCCCUGGAGUCCGUACGGACUGCGUUUCGCGCGUAAUUUCUCACCCGCAGGCACUGGCCCAGACGGAGAGCUCCUUAGACAGACUCACACCACGCGCGGCGCGUGAGGCUUUCCACGACACGGCUGCUGCGGCAGAGUACAUAGCAGCUAACAACCUCCACGACACGGCGGCUGUGGCGAGCGCACGAGCGGCGGAGCUCUACAACCUCCAGAUUUUAGCUGACGGGAUCCAAGACGAUCCCGGAAACGUCACGCGCUUCUUAAUGCUAGCGCGUGAGCCGAUAAUCCCGCGCACUGACCGGCCGUUCAAGACGAGCAUCGUCUUCGCCGCGCAGGAGCACAAAGGAACCAGCGUCCUCUUCAAAGUCCUCUCGGCCUUCGCUUUCAGAAACAUCAGCCUGACCAAGAUCGAAUCACGGCCGCACCACAACCGUCCGCUCAGAGUGGUUGGCGACGGGAGCUUCGGGACGGCUAAGAACUUCGAGUACAUGUUUUACGUCGAUUUCGAGGCCUCGAUGGCGGAGGCGCGUGCACAGAACGCGCUUGCGGAGGUUCAAGAGUACACGUCGUUCCUGAGAGUGCUGGGAAGUUACCCCAUGGAUAUGACGCCAUGGUCCAUGUCACCCACCGAAGACGCAUGA